GAAGACUCGCUAGGUUCUGUACUCAAAUUUGGGGACGUGGCGGGAUGCAACUACGUCCGUGGGAGCUGUCAUAUCCACCUGCAUCAUCUGACAUCCCUUCCCCCCCUACAACAAGCUCUGGCAAGAAAUCGCGGCGUAUGUCGAUGAGUUCUGCAGGAUCGAUGCGCAAAGACUCGGAGGUCAUUGAACUGUUCGAAUUACCCUCGGUGCCGUCGGGUGUUCUCGAAGAGCAGUGCGAGUCAACCGACGAGAUACUCGAGCUUCCUCGAGCCGACGGCGACGUCGGCCCAUCGACAUCGCGCCUACCACCGCACGGUCUGUCUCCCAUAAUUACAAACGGCUACCGCGACAGCUGGGACCUGCCUUCGCUUCCGACGCAGUCCGCAUCCCCGACGCUCCCGAUUUCCGACCCUCAACAGCACAAGCUGCAGCACCGCAAGAGCAAGUUUUCGCUGCUCUCGAAAAGGUCGCGACACGACGCACCGUACUCAGUGCCGCCGACACCCACGCUUAGUACGCGCGCGCGCGUCUUUGGGCCGGAGCGGGUGGUUUUGGAUCCGCGGAUUCGUGAGGUGCACAAGAGGGUACUGCGAGAUAUCCUGCUCUCGGGAUUCGUGCUUGGGACGACAUUGACGGUGGUUGUGCUCGCGCUACCGCAUGCGAGGUAGCAGGUUUCCUCGAACUUUGGAAGGAUGGUGGACUUGAUAUCUUGGAUAACCUCCUGUAUCGUUAGCCCGUGCAGAACUAUUUCCGCUUGCUAUAAGUUAGUUGUAUAUUAGCUAUUUAAAUUAACUAGGCUUACUUCCUUC